UGUAUUUGAUGCACCCGUCUUCCUCCGGUACAGAUCUCCCAGUCUCCGGUCCCCAACCCUCACCGCGAUCACCACCAUGCCAUCGGCUGACGCGAGGGAGUCUCCGGCGGCGAGGCCGUGGAGCCCCAGACAAGCGGAAAGAACCCCCAGAGUCCGCCGCCCGAGGCCGUCGGAGGCGUACGGCUUCGCGGGAACCAUCGCCGCGGCUGCCGCCGCCGCCGCGUACCUCGCGUGGGCGUACGCGCCGGAGCCGUGGCUCCGUUCCCUCGGCGCCACCUACUACCCAAGCAAGCACUGGGCGCUCGCCGUGCCGGCGUUCGUGGCGGUGGCGGCGGCGCAGGGAGUGGUGCUGUACAUGGCGUCCAACUUCCUCCUCGCUGCCCCGCCGGCUUGCCUACACACAAUCACCGAUGAACACGCCCGGGAGCCGUCGUCUUCUCCGGGAACGGGAGCGGAGGUGGAGCCCAUCGAGCCCAUCUCGGACCUCGGCGUCGACCGGAUGAAUCAUCUCAUGUUCGGCGAUCGAAGCAACAACCUGUUCAUUCACUGCACAGCGGAUGGACUCGACUGAACUGAAGCCCAUAAAUCUGCAACUGUUCGCUGAUUGUUUCCACCCUGCAACCUCGUAUUGACCUAGCUUCAGUACAGCUACAGCAUGUAUGCACGAGGGUUCUUUUUUUGCCUUAGCAAGUUUCAUUACUCAA